ACUUUCAUGACAAACAUGAAGAAAGCAAUGAUUCUGGCAGGCUAUCUCUUUGCUUCGUUUGAUGGUAUCAUAGCGGCGGUGGACUGCGCUGGCGGGUUCACAUUGAAUGAUGGAUGCCAACACUGCUGUGUAGGUCAGAUCGUCGACAGCGUCGCAAUGCUGAGGAUAAACACAGGAUGUGUGCGACUUUGGCAAAGACUGCAGCCUUGGCGCGACAUUCUGCUGCAAAUUCUUCUGAGCUUUGGUACAGCAGCACUGCUAUCGCUCGCAUCUGUGCAGCGGCACCUAUGACGUUUAUAGGAUCUGUUGAUGCAUUGAUCUCGCGCAUGUUGCCCAUACACAUCGCAUUGACAGUGUAUCUGUACCCUCGACUGGCCAUGACGGGUGGACACAAAAGCAGGACUGACUCGCGCUGGAAUGAGGCUUGUGCGUACAAGCGCUGAGAUGUGACUGUACGAUCUGCUCGGCCAAAUAUAGCGCGCAAUGCUCACAUCAGCGUGUUUUGCAAGGACAUCGCCACUUUCCGCUGUUCUCUGUGCCGUAUCCGACGGUCUUUUGUCGAUGAGGGAGGUA